AUGUCCUUUCGAGUUGUUCUCUUUUUCGUCUCCUGCUUCCUCGACGUGCGCGCUCAGCACGGUACCGUUGGUCGGCCGUGCGAAGUGUCCACCGACUGUAAUACCGGUAAUUACUGUGCCGGUAAUAAGCGGUGUGCCUGUUUGACCACAUAUGUUGAGAUCGACUCGUAUUGCUGGAGGAGUAAGGUGUUUUUGGUUAAAAAAUUUUUUUUUUAGUUUAAAUGUUAAAAAAAAAUUUUUACUGUAUUCCAUAUUACAGAAAGAAUCUGGAGAAUAAAAACAAGUAAAAUUUUUCAAAAUUUAAAAAAAUGUAAAACCUCGAUAUUAUACUAUGUGUAACAUAAGCAACCUUACAUUUUUUACAGAAAUCAACCCGGGUGAAUCAGGAUGCACGCAGAAUCGACAGUGUGAAGCUGUAUGGCCUGGGGCAUAUUGUAGAUCAGGAGAAUGUAGAUGUGCCAACAAUCAGCCACCUUUCCGUACUCGAGAUGGCUUAGUCUGUCUGAAUUACGGAUUCUGCCCGCUUAACGGUAACAAUCCUAAAUUCAGAAUCGAAAAUCAGGUAGGUUUUUGAAUUCUUUUACAGUAUCUUUUUAAAUUUAAAAUUUUAAAAUAUUUUUGAAAAUUUUUUAAUUGAAAAAGUAGUUAAAAACUAUAUACUUUAAGCCUAUUAUAAUAAUAGCAAGCUUGUUUUGGCACUACUAGUAAUAUAUUGUCUUUAUGAAAAUUACAGUACCAACCGGUAAUUGUAGGUCCAACAAUGUUACGGUGGAGCCGACGCCACCUGUGAAGCCAUUGGAGCCCUGGCAUACGAUUGUAUUUGUGAUAACGAUGAUUGUACAGUAAACAAUCCCAUCAGUUUUUGCUGUCCAUCUCGAGGUACUGUAACAUUUUUUACUUUAUUUUCGUGUUUUAGCAUUUGUCAAGCCUAGUAAAGCGUUAUCAAAACAAUAAAAAAAUCUUUUAGCAUUUGCUUGUAUCCAACCACCAAACGAAGGCUACACUCCACCUGGCGGUGGUACCACCUUGAACCAUUGGUACCACGACCCGAUUACUGGCGAAUGUAGAGAGUUAAAGUAUCAGGGUUACGGUGGAAAUGCGAACAACUUCCAGACCAAAGAUCAUUGUGAAAGUUACUGUAAACAAAGUAGGUGGUUAUUGUAGUUAUUACAGAGUAUCAUAAUUUUUACUGUAGGCAUUAGAAGGUACCAUAAAAUUUAGUCUAUUUAUUAUAGAGUACCAACACUGUAUAGAAAUUACUUUUACAUACUAUAAUAAAAGAAUAGUAAUGUAUUUUCCGUAUUUUACAAUGAAUUAUGUUGUUUUAACAAUGUUACUUCAGCCUGUAACAGAGGUCUGCCUCUGUACCGUGACAGAACUACUGGCGUCAAACAAGAGCCGGUUUACUGUCAAGGUAACGACAAUGGAUGUAACAACCCUAACUAUAUGUGCACAACUAUGGGAACGUUACAACAAUGUUGUCCUACUUCUCGUAAGUUAAUAUUAUAGUCAUUUACUGUACUGUGAAAAAGUUUUACUCUACGGUAAAAAGGUUUUACUGUGUUUUACUUUAUCAUUAAGUCUGGAAAGAGUUUUGUCGUUAAUAUUAGGUUUUUCAAAUAAUACAGUGCCAAUUUCAAAGGAAAUUUGCCAUUUUUACAAACUUUUUAAAAAAUACCUUAUUUUAGUGCAUAUCUGCAGUAGAAAUGGUGCUAUACCAACAGAAGUAUACAAUACAGCUGGUGGAUUACCUUCAGAAUACUUUGAUGUUGGUAUUCCUGAUGGUACGGGCAACACCUAUCCUAGGUUCUACUACGAUUCGAGAGAAGGACGAUGCAUCCAGUUCUCGUAUCUCGGCCAGGGCGGCAACUUCAACAACUUUUUGUCGCAAGAUCACUGCGAAAAGUUCUGCUCCAGAAGUAAGUGGCUUGUAGGUAGUAUAGUAAUUAUUACUUCUUGUCUUUGUUUUACUAUGUAGAACGAACACAUUGAUUGUGCAGUAUAACAUAUAUAUAACAUAUGUUGUUGUAGUUCUGUGCCUGGCUGGCGAACCUUUGAAAGACUCGAGCGGUGAACGUAAUAUGGAGUGUUCUCCAACUGGCAGUGGUGCCAAUUCUUGUCCAACCACCCAUUCGUGUGAGUCUACAUCUGGUAGUACCACUUUUGGUGGAGUAUGUUGUCCACGCCCUCAGUAUGUGUGCAAGUUGUCCAGAGAACAGGUAAAGCUAUCGUACUAACCGAUGUUAUCAUAUUAUAGAAACAUUGUUAAAACACCUCUUGUUAUAGUAGUAUAGGUGGUAUGGAGUAAUAGUUCGUAUCAAUUACAGAACUUAUCAAAUAUUUUUUAGGGUAACUGUGGUACCUACAGUAACCGCUGGUGGUUCAAUGCCAAAACCGGUAACUGUGAAGAGUUCAUCUAUUCUGGAUGUCAAGGAAAUGCCAACAACUUUGAGACCUACAAAGAGUGCCAGGAUUACUGUAGAGAUGCUAAAAGUAAGUCAUAAAAAUAACAAUAACAUACCUUGUACUGUAAGUACAUAUUACUGUAUGGUGCUUUAGGUGAACCACAAUGUAUUCAAGGCACAGCUCUGACAGAUUCGAGUGGUAACUUUGUCAUUUGUGGAGGAUCAAGCUCAAUGACUUCCACAUGCCCAGCCAACUACUACUGUUACUACGAUGGUACCACUUAUGGUUGUUGUCCUACUCAAGGUAAAAUACGGCAAGUCUUACUGGCCAAAUAUAACGAAUUAAUAACAUAAAAUUAACAAAAGUGAUAGCACUUGACCAGUAGUACCAUCUUAUAGUACCACCUUGAUUAAGAUAUCAACUAUAAGUUACAUAUCAGAAACAAAUAUUGUGCAUUACCUACUACCAUUUCAGCGUACACCUGCUCCCUCGGCUCCAAAAGUGGUGCUGUUUGUGGUCCCGCCGUGACCAGAUGGUACUACGACUCCACAACCAGAACCUGUCAGACCUUCUCCUUCAACGGUUGCGACGGUAACUCCAACAACUUUGCAACGCAACAAGACUGCAAAGAUUACUGUAGAGUGGAGAGUUGUCCGGAUGGUGGAGAAGUGUGGAAAGAGCCAAAUGGAGCACCCCGAGGCUGUACCACUAACAGACAGUGUCCUAGUACUCAUUACUGUACUCCUGUUACCACUUGGACUGGUACCUUAUACCAGACGAAGCCUUUAUGUUGUCCAUCCAAGAACUUUGUCUGUUCACAGCCAAAGGACGUGGGAGUACGGUGCUCGAGUACGACCAUUACUAGACACUACUUCAAUGCUGAUACGAAGACAUGCCAGACCUUUGAGUAUAACGGUUGUGAAGGUAUGUUGCUGUAGUUUUAAUGUGGAGAGCGGCUUUAAUUUGUUCUUAUAAGCUUCGAGUACUUAAAUGAACAGUGUACUACAGUAGUAAUACCAAAGUAGAAACAGUAUAUAUGUUAAUAUACGCCUUGUAGGUAAUUAACCAUACCAUUUUAGGAAACCGCAACAACUUCGCGACCCAAAAAGCCUGUCAAAACUACUGUCUGUCCGAGGCCUGUCCACCAGGUACUGUAGUAGCCAAGGAGACAGACGGUCAACGUCUGGUACAAUGCUCCAAUCCAGGGGGUUCAGGCCGAGUAUCAGGCGGAUGUCCAGAAGGCUACACUUGCUACAGUAGUCCCCUACUAGAUCAAAACGUUUGCUGUGGAGCCAGUACGGAGCUGCAAGCACUGUGUCCUGCCAGUUCGACUCCAUUCAUAUCAGCAUUGUCGCUACAGCCAAUGCAAUGUACUCCCAACGUCGACGGCGCUUGUCCUGGCAACUUUUUCUGCUGGUUCUCUACUACAACAACAGCUGUCAACGCGUUCUACUGUUGUCGAUCCCCUGAUAGUGUUGACACUGCAUGUAAGUUUACAUAAGAAGUUGCGUUACUUUUUUCUUGACUAGUGAUCCAGUAUAUUAGCAUAGAUACGAGUCAACCAAAUUGAAUAAAUUCCUACUGUAGUCUUAUAAGUACUGUAAUCAAAAAAGCGAAUUUACAGUAUGAAAGCCUUUCAAAAGAUAAGCAAUUGAAUAUACCUUAUUAUAGUCUGUCCACCACAACUGGUGCCAGUACCAGGAGAUGGUGGAGCACAGUACCGAUACUGUAGUCCGUCAGCACCCAUCAACGACGCCGUACAAGGCUGUGGUACUAACAGACAUUGCCAGUACUCGACCAGCCUGGAGCGAUACAUUUGUUGUGGCCUGGAAAGCGAUGUUAGACUACCCAGUAAGUACCAUUCAAUGUUAUCUUAAUACUAGUACUAUAUUACACUAGAACUAUAGUACUAAUCCUAUUUCAAAAUAUCUCUGACACCAUAACUAACAUGCCAUUUUCAGACGUAUGUCCCCCGCAACCAGCCAACCUGGUACCGGUGGAGCUGGCCGGCAACUACCGUACCUGUAACCCGUACGCCAGGAGUGGCACACCCCAAUCGUGCCCCGACAACUCGGCCUGUUUGUACACCGGAGCCGACAACGGCUUCAUUUGCUGCAGAGUACAACUAUCUUCGGGCGGGUUCUGA